GUUUCUCUUGUUCAUACAUACAUUCCAUUUAACUCAACACAACAUACAAACACGAACAACUUCCCGGUUUCUUUCUUUCUUCCAUAUACCGAAUACCAAUAAUCAAACAACUUUCUUUAUAUUCAUCAUAUUCAAUCACAAUGACUUCUCAAAUGACCCCAUCAAAGACUGUACGUUGAAACGCGCCACCCCUCCUUCCAUUACUGCCCCUCAUUCAAUUUAUUUUCGCGUCUACAUUAUCAUACUGACUUGAAUCCCAUAGGCUGCUUCUGGCAUUCAAAACAUGAAAAUGGAAUCGCCUGUUAAAAAGCUCAACCUUGCCGGAAAAGAAAACAAUGCACUCGAUGUUGACGCGCCAAUUGUCAAAGAACUCCAGAAGCCAAUCGUCAAGGAAGAAAAGACUGUUACAGUUGCACCUGGAAUCAAGCCAGAGGAAGCAGAUGAGCCUCUUCUCCAAGAAAACCCGAACCGUUUCGUUCUCUUCCCAAUCAAGUACCAUGAGGUGGGUCGCGUCCUUCACGCGUUGACACGUAGAGUGCUGACAUAUUUGCAAUUAGAUCUGGCAGAUGUACAAGAAGGCAGAGGCAUCUUUCUGGACGGCAGAAGAGAUUGACUUGUCAAAGGAUCUUCACGAUUGGAACAACAGACUCAAUGACGACGAGCGUUACUUCAUCUCCCACGUCCUCGCAUUCUUCGCAGCAUCCGAUGGAAUUGUCAACGAGAACUUGGUGGAGAGAUUCAGUGGUGAAGUUCAAAUUCCAGAGGCACGAUGCUUUUACGGUUUUCAAAUCAUGAUGGAAAAUAUCCACUCCGAAACAUACUCUCUUCUUAUCGACACAUACAUUAAGGAGCAGGCACAAAAGACAUACCUUUUCAAUGCUAUUGACACAAGUAAGUCAUAAGCUUACACCACUAUACAAUACAUCAUCUAACAAUUUUGGAAGUUCCUUGCAUUAAGAAGAAGGCCGACUGGGCCGUCAAAUGGAUUCAAGACAAGAACUCUACCUUUGCUCAACGUCUUGUUGCAUUCGCCGCUGUAGAAGGUAUCUUCUUCUCUGGGUCUUUCGCAUCCAUCUUCUGGCUCAAGAAGCGUGGUCUCAUGGCUGGACUCACCUUCUCCAACGAGCUCAUCUCCCGUGAUGAAGGUCUCCACACCGAUUUCGCAUGCCUCCUUUUCUCUCAUCUCAAGCACCGCCCAUCCAAACAAGCCGUCCAAGAUGUCAUCACCGAAGCCGUUGAAAUCGAGCAGGAAUUCUUGACCGAGGCUCUUCCUUGCGCUCUUUUGGGAAUGAACUCUACUCUCAUGAAGCAAUACAUCGAGUUCGUCGCUGAUCGUCUCCUCGUUGCUUUGGGUAACGACAAAGUCUACAAAUCUACCAACCCAUUCGACUUCAUGGAGAAUAUCUCCUUGGCUGGUAAGACCAACUUCUUCGAGAAGAGAGUUGGAGAUUACCAAAAGGCCGGUGUCAUGGCCGGUACUCAAAAGAAACAUGAGGAUACCGAAGCUCAAACCGAAGCCAAGGCAGAGAAUGGAGGUGACUUCAACUUUGACGAAGACUUCUAGAUGUUAUCUUCCCUUUUCUUUUUGUUUUUAUCUCAAGAUGGUACUGGCGUUUACUCUAUACAGCUCUUGACUUCUUUCCCGGGGCUUACACACAUAGAUGUUUGAUGAGGGUAUGUGAUUUGUACAAUAAUAUUUAACAUGAAGGAGUUGGGGUGUUGGAAAAUUGGCUGGGCGGAAUGAAUAUGAUGUACACAUGUCUUUUGGACAUAGAUGGCUGACAGGGAAAUCAUGGUUGAGGUAUACCAUGGUAGGAUUGAAUGGAUGGAUAGGAUAACGAUGAAAUUGCUAGUUAGCGUAACGAAUAAAGUCCAAUAUACACAAGAUUCGAUAUGUCUAUUGUUG